AUGGCAGAAAUGAAGGCCAUUCUAUUGGGAAUUCAACUUGCAAAAUCGACGGGAUUCUUCAAAGUAGUUGUUGAGUUAGACUGUCUGGAAGCUAUUAAUUUACUUACAAGGAAAUCCUUUUCUCAUUGUGCAGUUCAAUGUUUGUUGGAGGAAAUUUUAUGUUAUACUUCGAAAUUUCUCCAUGGUUUUAGUUUUGGGUUGUGUAAAUUAUUGUUUUUUAGUAAAAAAAAAAAAAAAACGGUGGAUCGGCGACAUGGCAAGCGGCCACUUCCUUGGGAAGCACCGGAGGAGAAAGAAAUUAGGGAUCAAAAUGAUGAAAUUCCUUCUUCUUGGUCCCAAUCUCACUUCAAUUUCAUACCACAAACACUAACUCAACCACCUCAAUCGGCUCCUCUUCAAAGUCAAGAAACGUCGGAAAGUGGAAGGAAGCGACAUUAUAGAGGCGUAAGACAAAGACCAUGGGGAAAAUGGGCAGCAGAGAUUCGUGAUCCGAAGAAAGCAGCUAGAGUUUGGCUUGGCACUUUCGACACUGCCGAAGCUGCUGCCAUUGCUUAUGAUAACGCCGCUUUGAGAUUUAAAGGCAACAAAGCCAAACUUAAUUUUCCUGAACGAGUUCAAGCCAACCCUGCUGAGUUUGGCUUUCUUCCUGCCACCACCGCCGGUGCUCCACCACCCUCAGCCGCCGUGCCGUCAUAUUCAUCGCCGUCUGUUUCUCUUCCGCCGCCGUUGUCGCAGGAAGAAGCUUUUCCUGGCCUUCAUCAGUACGCACAACUUCUCUCUAGCUCCGACGCUGAUUUCCCUUAUUAUUCUUCUACUCUUCUUCUCAAUCAACAACAACCCCAUUACCCUUUUUCUUCUUCUUCUUCUUCUACUCGAGAACACCAACAAGAUUAUGAUCACUACGGCAAAGAUUUCGGCACCGGUGGCUCAACAAAUUAGACCAUUAUUAUCAAUUGUAUGAGUUUUUAUUCUCAUAACUUUACGCAUAUAUCCAUUGCUUUCUAUAAAUCUAUGCCUUAUUUUCCAUGAUUUCUUCCUAAUAAUAAUGAUAAUUAUAAACCAUAUAAUUCUCAA